AUGAGCACCAUCUGCAGAAACGAUGACGAGAUCACAUCCUUGGCUGAGCAUCUUCGUGUUCCCACUGACUCCAUCUCUGUUAGGCCUUACUGCUCUGAAAACCAGCCUGAGAAUCUGGAGCAGAAGGUCUUUCCGCUCUCAUCCAAACAUCUGUGCACAAACACCUCCCAGAACCUCCAGAAGACCUGGACAGAACCUUCAGCGGUACCUGAUACGUGUGCAGGAAAUAGUGCUAAGGGAGCUGCAAAAGGCUGGCCCUUCUGUCUAACACCAGGAGGUGGAUGGGAGAGUCAGGAUCUGCUUGGUCACCCUGAUUUUAAGGAAAUGGAUGUCACCAGAACAAUCGACCUGAUGUUGCUGAUUGACUGCACAACAAAAGCACAAGACAUACUUCUGGAUUUAGUGCAGGCCUUAAAGAUCAGUUCCAGGCUGUCAGUUCAAGUGCAGGAAAUUUGUUUAGAGGAGCUGCUCAUAUUUGUGAGGAGGUACACGUCUCAACAGACUGAGAAUCUGGAAAAAUCCAAAAUGACCAAAAUAGACACAUUCGACUUCUUCAAGACUCUGAAAACCUGCAGAGAGCUCAAACAUCAUGUCCAGACCAAACAUAUGGGAGUCAAAGUUUCUGUCGUUAAGGAAACUGUGGAGACACUUGAGGAAAUGCAGGAUUUUACUAAGAAGCGUCUGCUGGAAAACAUGGCUGUCAUGACAGAGACCCACUUGAAAAAGUACCUCAGGGCAGAUAGCAAACAGUUCUUCUUGGUGGGCGCACUGAGGGAACUCUUUCCAAACCUGUCCUCAUGUUUGGAUGAACAAAAGAGUGUGAUGGAUGAGGUCUAUAAACACACAGUUCACCUUUACCUCAAACAUCUCAUCAGCAUCAACCAGAAAAAACUGCUGAAAUGUUGGAGACGAGGCAUUGGUGAAACUGUCACUGAAGAUGCUAAGAUCAUUCACAAGACCUUCUCAGACCUGGCUCCUGGUGUCCAACAAUGGAACUUCACACUGCUGGAAGUCAGUGAAGUGUUGAACUAUCCAUACGGCGAUACAUUAAAACUCACAGUGGGAGGCAUGACGAACAAAUGCACCAACACAGGCUGCACUGAUGACCUGGAGCUUCCUUCCUGCUCUACUACUGCGAUGGAAGGGUCUCUCCAAAUGGGAGGUCAGAGACAUCCUGGAGGCCCUCCCAGACCACAGACCCGAAACCAGACCUGCAUUGUGGUGUUGCUUUCCCUUCUGUGGGAAAAUCCAGAACUGAUGCACAGAAGAUCAACAGUAUUGAGUUGA